AAAAUAUUUUAUAAAUAAGCUAUAAUACAUUUUUUAAAAUGCCUCCCGAUUAUUUUGAUAAAUAUACCUUUUUAUGCGAAAUGUACGACGAAGAUGCGGAUGAAAUUAAGGAAUUAACUUUAAAUUUCUUUCCUUUUGAUAAUUCCGUACAAGUUAUCGAUUCGAAAAAAGGGAAAAAUUUACUAAGACGAGUACAUCUUCCUCCACUUAAAAUAGAAAUGCUUCAGAUUGGUAAUAUCAUUAACAUUUUUUCCAAAUUACUGCAUAUUAUUGACUGUGCACCGGCUACUCGAAGAAUUCUAUUUGAUAAUGUUCAAAGUACAUUUGCAAUAAUUAAGCCAGUACCACCAAGCGAACACGGAAAAAUUAUAACGUUCAUAAUGAAGAAAGGCUUUCGUAUUGUUCGAAUGAGAAACGGUAAAAUAACUAAAGAAUUUGCUUUAGAACUUUACUCACAUUUGUCUGGUAGCCAUAUGAUGCCCAUUAUAAUAGACUAUGUAACUGGUGGAGAAAUAAUAGGUUUGGAAUUGGUUGCGCCUAACGCAGUUGCUAAGUGGCGUGAGUGGUUAGGAAGUACCGAUCCUGCGACUGCAGCGCCGGGCACUUUGAGGCAGCUGUACGGGGAAAACAAACUGAAAAAUGUUGCACACGGCUGCCAAACGCUGGAAGAUGCAAAUCGUAUGCUUGAUUUAUAUUUUGGAUAUGAGAAUGGUGUACCAAGAGUACCAUAUAGAGCAACGAUGAAGGAAUGCACUUGCUGCAUCAUAAAACCCCACGUCAUAAUCGAUGGCAACGUCGGAUCAAUUCUUGAACAAAUUAGUACUUCAAAAAAUUUCUACAUAUCCGCUAUAGCUAUGUUUUCUGUUAGUUUACUAAAUGCUAAGGAAUUUUAUGAAAUAUACAAAGGUGUUUUACCCGAAUAUGAGGCCAUGUGUAUUCACUUAGCUGAAGGCAGUUGUAUUGCCCUGGAAGUAAAAUGUAACGAUACGAAAUGUUGCGUUGUUACCGAAUUUAGAAAAUUAUGUGGCCCAAGAGACCCUGAGUUGUGUCGCCAGUUAUAUCCAAACUCAAUCAGAGCACAGUAUGGAAAGUCCAUUUUACACAAUGCAGUACAUUGCACAGAUCUUCCAGAGGAAGGGGAACUAGAAGUUGAAUACUUCUUUAAGUUACUUGCUUUUAAUUAACUUCUUUUAUGCAUUAUUUAUUUUUAUAAAUGUUCUUUAUACAAAAGU